AUGACUUCAUUUCGACGGUCAAAUACAGCGGAACUGCUUCAAGUCGAUGGUGGCGGUAACCCGACAUCGCAUUUUUUGGUCCGAUUCAGCAUCCGCGCAGGCUUCAUCCCACUCGCUUUUUUUCACUCCAUUCUACGAUUAAGGAACACUCAUGCCAGAGUAACGGGUUCCCCUCGAAUAAACAAGCCUCUUCCCUUCUCAAUCGACUGCCACCACCUCCCAGACUACCGCCCACAGGAUGACCAAAUCCCAGACCCCGAGACACGAUUACUACGAAAUCCUCAGCCUCCCAUUCACAGCUCCCCAACAGCCUUAUCCAAACAACAACUCAAAGUCGCAUAUCACAAAGCUCUCCUGAAACACCACCCGGAUAAAGCAACGUCGAUCGCAGCCACACCCGCACCCACGCACGAUACGAAAACCGCCCAGCGCCCGAGUCCCGACCGCAACGCUGACGCCUCUCCGACAUUCACUAUCGACGAGAUCACAGCAGCUUAUAAGACGCUUUCUGACCCUGCGCUGCGCGCGGAGUAUGACCGUGUCCUCCAGCUUGAGCGGGUGACAGCGGGGAAGGGGGAGAAGGGCGCGGGGGCGGCAUUUCAUACGGGUCUUGAGGUAGUUGAUUUGGAGGAUCUUGUCUGUGAGGAGACAGGCGACGGGGAGGGGCAGGGCCUACUGUGCUGGUAUCGGGGUAAGGAGGCUGAGCAUGGGGAGGUUGUUAUCGGGUGCCGGGGGUGUAGUCUCUGGAUGAAGAUUCUGUUUGCGAUGGAAGAGGGGGAUGGUUGA